CCAUAAGAUGGGCAGAGUCUGCCUUUAUUCUGAGAUCAGUACUUGUUGCAGAUUGUAGGCUAUCAUAACUCUACCAUCUAUAAUGGAUUUGUUCAUACGAGCCUCUUUGUUUUUGUGGAUUUCUGUGGGGAUUGUAUCUACGGCCAGUACAGCAUGCAGUGAAGAGGAUGCAGAUAAUACCACUUCUAUAGAAUUCAAACAUGUGUUCGAGAAUAUGGCCUAUGAGUUUUCUCAAAAGCCAAAGAGCUGGUCUCAAGCCCAGGAGUCCUGCAAAGAACGAGGAGGGAAACUUCUGAGGGAUCUGAAUUGCAAGACCAAGAGCUUCCUUCAGGACUUCUCGAAAGAGAGACACACAAAAAACCUCACUUGGUGGGUGGCUAAGGGUGUUAUAGGGCAGUACCAGGGGCCAGUGAUCGUGUAUAAUGCUACAGGAGAGACUGGUACUUCUAAGAGUAAUGGGAGGGUCCCGCUCCUCUGCACCUAUGUGAUGAUGGAUCCCUUUCAGCUGGUGACCUCAACCAACUGCAGCGCUCAGCGUGGCUUCCUCUGCACCCUGGUUUUUAAUAUCUCUACAAAUGCAUCAAAGAGUAUGGACAAACAGGGAGCAAGUGGCAAAUCAAGACACUGGAGAAGCCGUCAAAUUAAAGUAAACCGUAUGUCAAGGAGUCUGUCUAGCAUGGAGAAACAAGUGACCAAGAUGGAUGAGCUCCUCAAGGAGGCUCAGAUGGAACUGGAAAGAAUGGAAAAGGCUAUAGGAGAGCCUACAGACGCCAACGGGGUAAAGCAUCACAAUGACCAUGGACAUGUAUUAAGUUGGGUGUGGUCAGUGGAGUAGAUGACAGAGUUUAGGGCCACUGGAACUUUCCGUCAAAGUGCUCUCUCUCACCACAGAGAUAUAUUAUUAUCAAAUCAGCAAACAGUGAAUGUAAUUAAAUAAGUGAUACUGUUGUAUCUGGUCAAUUUGGACCUAACCUGUACCCUCCCCCAGCAGAAAAAGUACCUUGAGCUUCUACUACAUGGAACACAGAUGCUGUUUCCAAGUGCUUUGAGAUUAGACAACACAACAGCUAGCCUCCUCAUCAACUGUGCUGGGGGUGUCAUACUCCUCAAAAUGAAAAGAUGUAGCGAGGACAGUGACACUAAAGUGGACAAGGAAAUGUUUGAUUUGACCUUUGAGAUUUAUAAGGCGGUAAGCUUAGUAAUGACCACAGAACUAAAUGAGGCCUUCAUCGUGAAGCACCCAACAGGCAGCAUCUACCAGAUCAGCCUCACCCAAUCACAAAUGCAUAACAAGGUUCUCGGGUCAGACGACGAUGCAUACAUCAAACUUCCAUCUUUCUCAGCAUUACAGUCCUCUCUGGAAAACCACUCAGUUGUUAAUGUGCAGAUGACCAUUUUUAUGGGCAACCCAUAUCCGUCGACUGAAAACAUCACAGGAACAGUGUGUUCUCUUGUACUAAGGGAUGGAUUGACGGAAAUCAGUGUAGAAAACUUGACAGAGCUAAUUGAGAUCGUUCUGCCACGCCCAGAUGCUCCUGUGCUCUCUGGUAUAACUGUAUCCUUGGAGGAAGGGGCUCAGGUUGGGACCUCUUUCAACACUACGGACCCCAACAUCACAGUCAUAUUCACCGUAGAGCCCAGUGUCAAUGUGUCCAUAGAACUGCUGCUGGGCCUGGGCUCCCCACCCAAUGACACCCACUAUAAACACCGCACCGUCCUGAGACACACAGAGGGUUAUCGCUGGCUGGUCACCCCUGAGAUGUUGGAAAAGGGAACAGGCACCUGGUAUGUGAAUGCCAGUCUGUUUAACUCAACCUGGAGCAAAGGAUUGACACUACAGAUCACCACCUUCACUACUAAGUGCAUGUACUGGAACACUAAACAGCUGACAUGGAGCAUAGCUGGCUGCUGGGUGGGUAUACAGUCAACUCCCAGGAUGACACAUUGUCUGUGUAACCACCUGACAUCGUUUGGGAGCUCUUUCUUUGUGAUGCCCAACUACGUAGACGUGUCGCUCACAGCUCAGUACUUUGCCACAGUGAAUGAGAACUAUGUGGUGGUGGCGUUGCUCUCUGCCUUCUUUGGCCUGUACCUGGUCACUCUGCUCUGGGCCUGCUAUGCAGACAGGAGGGCCCUCACCAGGAGGAAGAUGACACUCCUGAAGGAUAACCACCCAUGUGCCAAUUAUAACUACCUACUGAAUGUCCAGACUGGCAGUCGGAGAGGGGCGGGUACCUCUGCCAAUGUGACAGUCAAGUUGGUGGGUACACAGGGAGAGAGUGAGCCCCACCACCUAAGUGACCCUGAUAAACCAGUAUUUGAGAGAAGGGGUGUGGACUUGUUCCUGGUGACCACACCGUUUCCCCUGGGGGAGCUGACGUGCAUCCAGCUGUGCCAUGACAACUCUGGGGGGCACCCCUCCUGGUAUCUCAACAAGGUGACGAUCCAAGACCUGCAGAGACAGAAGGUUUGGCAUUUCCUAUCCUCAUCAUGGCUGAGCUCCGACAGGGGGGAGGGGCUGACCAAGAAGACCCUCAACGCUGCCAAGAAGAAUGAGAUCAGAAGCUUUAGAAAUAUUUUCCAGACCAGGACGUCGUCAGGCUUUAGAGACCAGCACAUCUGGGUGUCCAUCGUAGACCCUCCCUGGCGUAGCCCGUUCACCCGAGCACAGAGGGUGUCCUGCUGCAUGAGCCUCCUGCUCUGCACCAUGGCCAUCAACAUCGCCUUCUGGAAAAUCCCCAAAAACCAGCAGUCUCCUGUCAUCUUCACCAUUGGUUCGCUGGAGGUCACUUGGGAGGAGAUCAUGGUGGGGGUGGAAAGCGGUUUGCUCAUGUUCCCCAUCAACAUCCUCAUCAUCACCAUAUUCCGCAGUAUCAAGUCGCGGGUUGCCCAACCAAAGGAGAAGAACCACGAUAUGCAGGGCCUGAAACCCCUUGCUGUUACCAUGCCAACCAUUCUUAAGGACACAGAGGAGAUGGUGAAUCUGCUCUGUAAGAGCCAGAAGAACAAAGUGCCUGAGCUAGAGAAGAAGCUGGAGUCAUGCGAUGACCUUUGCUCAGCCUUGGGCAGAGUGCAAGGGGUCAUUCAGCUUAUGCAAGGGUCGAGUGAGGGUGACCCACACUGGGUCUACUGCAGCAAGUUUGUCCUGUACUUCCUCCACCACCUGUCCAUGUGCCUGGAGCGGCUGGAUGAGAGUGCCUUCCCCACCCCAGAGGCCCGUCAACACAUCCUGAACACCGUCCACCUGCAGCAGAAGACGUCCGAGAUGGUUUUUACCAGCCACGUGGCUUACAGUCCUCCCCAUGUUGCUAGGGAGAAAAGGAAAAGCUCAAGCUGCUGGCUGCCCUGGUGGUUUGUGUUUGUGGGCUGGUUCUUGCUCGUCUCCAUCAGUGUGGUGUCCACAUACUUUACCCUGAUGUAUGGCUUUGCCUAUGGGAGGGAGAAAUCCAUCCAGUGGGUUAUCUCUCUGGCCAUGUCCCUCUUCCAGAGCAUCUUCAUCCUGCAGCCUCUUAAGGUAAUUGGAAUGGCGAUCUUCUUUGCCCUCCUCCUCAAACCAGUGGCAGUAGAAGACAGUGAGGAGGUUGGACUACUCCUGAAAGAACAACAGGAGAUGUGUAAAUUGUACUCCGGUAGAGAGAUACACUGAAGAACCACAAUUUAGCUCUACAUGCUGUCUCCAGAGGAUCGAUGGGGUUGGAAGACCUGAUGCCCUACAACAGACAUCCUCUGCUCUGCUGCACUGACUAUCAACGUGGCAAACUGAGAAUGAGUUCUUUUAAAAUAUAGUUAUGUUUUUAUUGAAUACUUGUUACUCUUAUCUUAUAAGAAAUGUAUAAGGCAUAAUAUGUAUGAAUGUACUGAAAACUACUGUAUAAUUGAAAUUGUAAUAUUUAGUAAUAAGCUGAUAGUUAGAAACUUUUAUUCCUGUGGAUUGUAUGAAGUUACUCAAUGUAUGGAAUUACUCUGUUAUAUUUAUUUUAUCACAAACCGCUGAUAUAUUAUUUUACAUUGUACAUUUAUAUGCACUUUUAAGUAACAUACAGUCACCUCCAAAAUCAUUGUCACCCUUGAUAAAGAUGAGAAAAAAAGACUAUCAAAUAAAUAAUAGAAAACCAGA